UCUACAUUAAGUUAAUUUAAGAGAAUCAUUAUUAUCGGUGGGAGCAUAACUGUAUUCACAAUCUGGAUUUAGUAAAUAACAAAUUGUUCCUGCUAAUUUACAUGUAUCUUCAGUUAAAGUGGAAAUGUUCUUCUAUAAAUAAGUAAUGCAUGAUAAUGUUGUAUAAAUGCUCAAGAAUUAAUCACAAGUUCUAGCUGAACACUUCGUUGCUCCUUAUGUAUAACCACAUAACAACCCAACAUUAUCUUUGAUACUUGUACAAUAAUCAAACUUUUAUUAAUCAUUAGUUGCUGUAUCAGGUAGACUAUAACUACUACAAGCUGUUGCAUCAAUACAUGCAGAUCCAGCCUUAAAGAAUCUACAAGUUGAUUUGUGAUCAAGACAAUCCUAGGCUUAUUAAGGAUUUUUUUUGUCAGAACAUAAUCUAUCUUAACAAGUAUCAUAUUUUGUGCAUGCAAUUUUCGUCCAAACUGAAGAAACUUAUAAGCCACCACUGAAAUUAGGACAAGUAAUAACAGUUCCUGAUUAUUAAGAACAUGAUCUUGAUUAUCUACUAAUACAACCUCCAUCAGAUUUAGCAAUACAUCCUG